GGCUCUCGAAUUCGCGAUUCUUCCAAAACGCUGCACCGCCGUUUAGACACACAGCGGCAAAUAACCAUGUUCACCAGAUCCUCCGCCCAUCUCAAAUUAUCGGCGCUGCCGAAGCCGUUCUUGAUAGCGAGAUCUCUUGUGGCAAGCCAAUUCCGCCCGAUCGCAACCUCCAUCUCCGCUUCCACGCAAAACUUCUCCCCGGACGGGGCCCACUCAAUCCUCGUCGCCCAACGCAAACAGCGGCCUAUAUCACCGCACCUAGGUAUUUACCAGCCGCAAUUAACUUGGUGCGGUUCCGCUGCGAACAGGAUUACUGGCUCUAUUCUCUCGGUGGGUGCAUAUGGCUUCUUCGCCGCGUACGCUGUGGCACCGGUGUUCGGAUGGCCUUUUGAUAGCGUUACUAUCGCAGCGGCAUUCUCGGGUUUGCCGGCCGCGACCAAGUUUGGCAUUAAGUUUGCCGUUACCCUGCCGUUUUCUUAUCACUCUUGGAACGGGAUUAGGCAUUUGCUUUGGGAUACUGGCAAGGCGUUGGAUAUCAAAGAUGUCUAUAGGACUGGUUAUGUUGUGCUUGGGUUGACGGUUGUUAGCGCAAUUUGCCUGGCUAUGGUCUAAUGCUUAGGGGGACUGUAGACAGGAGUUGGAAUUGGUGGAAAAUUGGAGGCCUGAGCUUCAAUAUGAUGCCUUAGGCAUUUGAAGGUUUUGGUCGGGCCUUUCUGGUCUGCCUUAUAUUGACACUGUACUAGAUUUUUAAAGACCGGGGUUUUAGUCACCCCGGACCCGUUGCCCAUUCCUA